UUUAAUUUUAGGAUAAUCAUACAGCAAAUAGCCAAAAAUAGUGUUCCACUUGCCAGGUGCAAUUGGACCUCAUUAAUUCUCGCCCUCCCACUUGAUUUAGGAUUCAUCACCGUUUUUCUGUCAGAAAUCCUAUCUCGAGAAUGUCAGUCAUUUCAUCAGUUGACGAGAGUAUUAAGGCAAGCGGAGCCGACACCUACGACAGUGGCGAUGACUGGGAGAUUGGUCUUGGCAAUCUGAUUUAUAAUUUGGAUGCUGAUCUGGAGAAAGAUCGACGCAAGUUGGAGAUGAAUCGCGUUUUGAAUAUAAAAAGCAACGUAAAACGGUGUGAGGAUUUAGCCUUCAGUUGUGCGACCACAGUAUUGGAUGGCCUUACGAAUCCAUCCGCACAGCCGCCUUCUGUAUCCCGGGGAAAUGCAUGCAAGGAGUCGAAGAAAUUUAAAGUAAAAAAGAGCAAUUCUUCGAACGUGAAGGAUAACAUUUUAUCACUUGACACGGUGUACGGAAUUCCUAAAGUAUGCAUCGGUAAACGACAGGAAAGUCAAGGACGCCUCAGAGAGGCUACUGAAAUGAAUUCGGCAGCGGACCAGGAGAACAGCAAGCUAAACACAAGUGAUGUAACCAUUUCUUGCGCCAAAGGCAAAGAGGAGAAAAGGGGUAAAAACCAUAGCAGGACUUUGAAAAGAGAGAGGGAUGCUGUUCGGACGAGAAAGGAAAAGCAAAGUGAUGCACUGGCAAGCCUUGGUUUUACCGGGGUGCGUGCGUCUGAGAAUGACUGCGCUGUCGAAGGUGAGGAGAAUCCAUGUCAUUGUGAAGACAGCGAAAUGGGAGACAGCACAGGGGGAGUGGGCGCUCGGAUAAUGGGCAGCGCUAUUGUUGUGAACAAGAUCGAGGAAAUUGACGCACCGGCGAGGACACAGAAAACGUUGCAGGUGCGGACGCGCUCGGUUGGAACCAGUACUCAGGAGCCUGAGCAGGCCAGCGAUGCAGCACACAUGGGGCCCUGUCAGCCAGGCACCAGCGUCAACCUGGAGGGCAUCGUGUGGCACGAGACAGAGGAGGGUGUACUUGUAGUUAAUGUGACAUGGAGGAAGAGGACAUAUGUAGGAACACUUCUGGACUGUACCAAACAUGACUGGGCACCACCAAGAUUCUGUGACUCACCAAGCACUGAUGCUGAGACAGGAGGACGUGGUCGCAGCAAACGCAUGCGACUGGCUAUCCCUGACCAGGCCAUAGUGGAGCCGGUGCUUCCUAAAGUCCGAGCGCUACCCCACAAGAGACGCGGAGUCGGAAUAAGCAGCAAAGGACGCAGAGCCAGCCUUAACUUGCUGAGCAACUGCAGGACGCCUCCGUAUUACACUGAGGAGGAGCUCAAGGCUGGUCCGCUGUCACAAGGGAAGAGGAAGAUCAAAGCUCCCGCGGACCUGGACCUGACACUAGUCACCGAAGACAUUAAGAAUGGGAAACGGAUACGAGCCAAAUCCCGGAGUGCACCCUCCACGCCCCAGGGAAAGUCUGAUCCGGUAUUCCUUGACCAAGCAUGCCCCUCGCCCAUGCUUAUUGAUUGCCCGCACCCAAACUGCAACAAGAAGUACAAGCACAUCAAUGGCUUGCGGUACCAUCAGUCACACGCGCACUUGGACACUGAUAGGAAGCAGGACUUUGAGGUGGAAAAUGAGGAUCGACUCACUGAUGAGGAGGAGGGCCCCCUGAGAAACCUGGCCUUCAGCUGCACUGAGACCGCCCCCUCUUCCUCAAAGAAAGCAAACUCUCCACCCAAGCUUGGAGUGCUGGGACCCUCAAAGAGCAGAAAGCUGAUGCUGAAUAAUGACCCAGGACUCAUAAUGGCUUCUAAAUCACGAAGGCACGCAGUGACCAAAGAAGGAUGCGCUGACGACUUGAGUAACCUACCAAUCAUUUCCAACAUGACGGUGGUUUUGGAGAAUUGUCUCAUUGCAGAUCGCAGCUCCUCAGUGGAAAUGCCAAAGUUGGAGGCCGAGGAUGUGAUUGACAAGCAUGAGGUAGAUGACCAGAGUAGGAAAGAAAUGGGAAGAACAGACAAAUGCUCAUCGAAGGCUCGAGCUGGUAGGUUUAUUGUGACACCUCCUGCUCCACCAAAGCUUAUUGCCAUUCCUACAACAACAUUCUCUGCAAGCAGUACUGAGACCGUCUGUCAUCACUCAUCACCCACUGUUGCUCUCACAAAAGCCAAGAGCCUUGCUCUAAAACCCAUCAAACCAAAACUGGAUAUGAUUGUGCAGUCUAAUUUGCCAAGUUCAACCCUGGUCUCUUGCGGUAAAGACGGUAAAAGAAAAGAUAAACAAAGACUAAAAGACAGACAUUGCAAGGACAUCAGGAGUACAAAGUCUGAAAAUGUACAUGUAAAGAUGGACGACCCUAAAGCAAUGGGAAAGGACUUUUCCAUCAGCCUUUUGAAGGAACAUCUGAGUAAGCAGGAGGCCUGCAGCGGUCCGAGUGAAACUCAGGAGAGCCGAAUGGCGAGCAUAAGAGCUGAGGCAGACAAAGUGUACACUUUCACUGACAAUGCCCCCAGUCCCUCAAUUGGAGGUUGCUCUAGACUUGACUCCAGCACUCUGGCCAAUGGUGAAGGCACCACCAGCAAGACCAACAGCCCGGCUUAUUCAGACAUAUCAGAUGCAGCUGAUGAUGGUGGUUCAGAUGGUCGCUUAAACACAAAGUCGAAGGUAAACGCUGCUCCCACGGAGUCGAACCCUGGUCACUGUACAAAUGCCAGGCUUGCCUCUGGUGCCCUGAAAGAAGCCCAGUCCUCUCCCCUCUACCACGGGUAUGACUCCUACUGUCUUCAGGGGUAUGUGCAUGCAGGGCAGACCAACUCCUCCUCCACGUUUCUGAAGGUCUCCACAGCAUAUGAUGGAAAAACUAAAAAGGAGGAUUUAAAGGAGGCCACAGAAGAGUUUAAAAUCACAGAAUCAACCAAUGCAAAGAAAAAGGACCCAUGUACCUCCAGCUCUCAAUCGCAGCUUCAGAUGGCUAUGACAGAGACACAGACUGCAUUGGCUCAGUCACUAUACUAUGGACAAUAUUCUCGAGGUAUCAAAGUGGACCAAAAGCUGCUAACUUUGUCAGCCGCUGCCCACAGCAGAGCGCCUAUUGAAACAGGUUCUGAGGACAUGCAGAAGAAUAAACAGAAGGGAACUCCAGCUGGGCGGGACCUGGAGCACAGAGAGCCACAGAAGGAGGAUCUGAGGGAGAUCCCAGUGCUGGGCGUUAUAUCUAAAGGGGUCAACUCAAUCAAAACCAGUGGCAGCAAAGUUGGUCACCCUUACCUAGAGUUGGAGAGGCAGCAGGUGAAGUCUACGCUCAUCACAAUGAUGAAAGACCAGAGACUAGAGUCUGAGGAGCUCAAACCUGGCAAGGAUUUGACUGAACAGAUCCUAUUGGACUCAAAUGUAUCAUGUGCUAAUGAUUGUGAGUCCCUCUGCUGGGGGGGCAGGCCUUACACUGCCAAAUAUACCAGUCUGCUGAACCAGGAGAUCCACAAGGGCUCCGCAGAGCUCCACUCAGCCACGGCUAGAGAUCCAGAUGUGUCUCCCGAGUCAGACAGCAAGAUGGGGGCAGAACUGGUAAACAAGCGGCCAGAGGCUCCUGGGGAGGACCAGGAGGAGACUGAUGAUCAAACUGAUGAUCAAGACGUGUCAGGGGAAGUGACAGAGGAAUUGAAGAACACAACAACUCAGGGAUCUGGGACCUCUGCUUUGAGCCCUCAACAGUCAUAUGUCCAGUACCAGCACUCCUACCCUUACCUGCACCUGUGCGACCCCAGUAACCAUGCCUACAGGGUCAUGUCCCCAGCACUAGUAUCAAGCUAUGCAGGUUUCCAUUACCCCCUGUACGGGAAGACUGCGGGCAGAGAGGAGUCCGACCUGUCCCAGUCUAAUAACAGCAGCAUCAACACUAGGCCUCAGAGCGACUCCAGCCCCCUGGAGCUAAGGCUGCACCAUAACUUGCCAUACCAUGGAAAAUCUCCUGUGCCUGGUGAGAGAGGAUCUCCUGAGCGUGAGCGGGACCUGGAGCAGGAGAGGGAGCCUGUCCCCUACUCGCAGCACCUCCACAGCCACCACCACACUCACCUGGGCAUGGGCUACACUCUCAUGCCGGGACAGUAUGACCCCUAUCCAGGGUUAAGCCCCACGGCCGUGGUCUCCAGUCAAAAGACCCAUGAUGUAUCCAAUGGUAUGUCUACCACUGAGGGUGAAUGAUACCUUACACGUGGUUAUUAACAUUUCGAAGCAUGGUGAAUUCAUUGGAAAAUAUUAAUAUAAAUAUUAAUUGAAUUAUGAAUACAUGAAUAUGACAUCUCCAUGUACAGUAUCUGCUGUACACAUUAUCUUUUUUUUAACAUUGUUCUCUUUCCCUGCAGACAGUGAUGGUAAAAUGUGAAUCAGUGGAUGGUGUAACUGGCUCACAUUAGGAUAUAAAGAUUCAAAAGACAUCAAUUCCAUGGUGUUAUUCAUUGCCUCGAUGGGAGGCAGAAACCAAUUUAAUUUCUUGUUAAUGAAAACAAGAUUACAAUGCAGUGCUAUUUCAAUAUUGGUGGCAGUACAGUAUGUUUAUCAAUAUACUAAUUUUGACAUGGUGCGAAGGCUUUGUAACAUAUCUGCUUUUGGGUGCCUGUCAUAUUAAACUAACACAUGAAACCAUAUUGUCAUAGAAUCCACCACAAAUUGCUGUAUUGAGCCGUUUGUGUACGUAUCGUUGUGUGACCGCAAUAUUGAAUGUAUUUAAUAUCAUCUUAUCCACUGUGUGUUUAGUGAGGGUAAUAGCGAUGGGCCGAAGUGACUGAGACGUUGACUCUCCUGUAUCGCUCAAUUGCAUUUGUACACUAAAAGAGACUGCAGUCACUUGUCUGUUGUGUUUUUGUCAAAUAAUAAGAGCAGGUCUACUUGCCUUCCCAGUGCCAUAGAUCUGUGCUGUACAUCCUUUAAUAGCAGAAUGUUAAAGCUUAAACUUACAUGUUUUAAAUCAAAGUACGGUACGGUAGUGGACACCAUAUCACUUGCAUAUCAGUAUUCCUUUUGGUUACUCGAAUAGUGCUGCAGACAAAAAAUGUUUACAAGUGCAACUUCCCUGAAGCAACACUUAUUGAUGUAGCCUGGUCAGUUCCACCUGUUAUUUUAUAAAUGUCAGCUAUACAGUAAAAUGUCUGUUGAUUUUUAUACUAUACUUGGCUUAUGAAGUCUGGCAAUUCAAAUAAAAGCAACAAUUUCCCCUUU